CUCGGCGGCGGCUCCGGCGCCCGGCGUGGCCCCAGGUCCUGCCCGGAGCACGGCUCCACGCUGGCCAGCUCCAUCCACGCCAAGCUCGCCGUGUGCCACCUGAAGCUGGGGCAGCCCGGCCUGGCCCUGCUCCACUCCCACAGGAGCAUCGCCCAGAACCCCUCUCACUUCUGCAACCACCUGCGCCAAGCCGCCUGCUUUCGGAGCCUGCACAGAUACACGGACGCUGCCAGGAGCGCCAUGGUGGCCCACGUGCUGUACGUGCUGCACGAGGCGGCGGAGCCGCGCACCAGCGAGCUGCUGCAGCGCUACUGGCAG